AUGCUUGCAUCGCUGCGCCGGCUUGGCGCGUGCCAGAUCCGCGCCACCAAGCUCGCCACUCCACCAUGCGGAGCACACUCGACGUGGCAGCUCUGGCUCGCCGAGCGUGGCCUCGCCCCCCCGCUCUCGGCGCCGUUCUCGGACCGCUGCCGCAAUGCAUUCGUGUCAGGAGGGGUGCACGUAUCGAAGCUGCAGCGGGAGGUUGUCUCCAGCCUCUCCCGGCUCGGAUUCUCGGCGGAAGAGGAGGUGCUAACCGAGGCUGGCUACUCGCUCGACGCCGUCAUCGAGCACGGCGGCGCUCGCAUCGCCGUCGAGGUGGAUGGGCCCUCCCACUUCAUCGGCCAGGAGCCCAGCGGCGCGACGCUCCUGAAACGGCGGCAGCUGCGCAGCUUCGGCUGGCCCCUUCUCUCGCUCAAGGAGCGGCUCCGUGAGAAGGGCCUCCGCGUCUCCGGCCGCAAGGCCGAGCUCAUUGAUCGCUUGCUGGUAUGCUCCGCAAGGGACUGCAGCUCUUGUUGA